AUGAAUCUCUUUACUUCGGCAGUUGCCCGAGUACUUGGUACUGCAAAAUUGUCUGUGGCAAGUGUCGCUAGCAUCAGCCGGCCACUUACAAUAACUAGGUUAUAUUCCGCUAAGCUAACUGCUCGAAGUGUUAUUGAUACAUACCAAUCUGAGGCUCCUAUACUCUAUGAUUCUCCACAGGCAGCACAUCGUCGUAGAUUAAUUAGAAGGCGACCUGGAUUAAUAGCCAUCAAGAGAGGUAUGGUUCCUUAUUAUGAGGAAGAUGGUACUCACUACCCUUGCACUGUUCUCGAAGUAGAUAGAGUUCAAGUCACUGAUAUUAAAACCAAAGACAAGCAUGGAUAUUACGCUGUACAGCUUGGCAUUGGGAAUCGAAAAUACUCACGGGUUACCAGGCCUAUGCUGGGACACUUUGCCAGGAGCAAAGUGGCACCAAAGAGUUUUGUCUGCGAGUUUCAAGUCAAAAAUGAGCAGGGUCUACUGCCUUUAGGAACGGAAUUAACAGCAGAUCAUUUUGUCCCAGGCCAAUAUGUGGAUCUUAAGUCACGAUCAAAAGGCAAAGGUUUCCAGGGUGUCAUGAAGAGAUGGGGUUUUAAAGGAUUGGGCGCCUCUCACGGUGUUUCCAAAGCCCAUCGUUCUGCAGGUUCCACGGGUCAAAAUCAAGAUCCUGGUCGUACCUUUCCAGGAAAGAAGAUGGCCGGUCGAAUGGGCUUCGAUUACAAUACUAUCCAAAAUGCAUUAGUAGUAAAGGUUGAUGCCGAGAAAGGACUCAUUCUAAUUAAGGGACCAGUUUCUGGUGCCAAUGGUAGAUAUGUCAGGAUUGCCGAUGCCAUCAAAAAGCCUUUUCCUAAUGUCCCAUGGCCCUUGAAUAAAUCUACCGAGGUAGAAGUGUAA